AACGCCGCAAGCGGAGAGCUGUUGAAUUAAACUCGCAACUGCCUCGGAUUCAGAGAGAGAGAGAGAGAGAGAGAGAAUUCGAUUGAGCCUGCGAUGGCUAAUUUAGCACAAUCGCUCUCGAUGAGCGCUGCGUUUGGAGGGGCUUCCGCGAACCCUGUCGGAACUCAGGCGAACAAGGAUCGGAAAAUACAAUCGGCCGAGCAGCUAGUGCUCGAUCUCAGCAACCCCGAUUUUCGAGAAAACGCUCUUCUCGAACUCUCCAAGAAGAGAGAACUCUUUCAGGAUUUGGCUCCAUUGUUGUGGAAUUCCUUUGGCACUAUUGCUGCACUCUUACAGGAGAUAGUUUCUAUCUAUCCUGUUUUGUCACCACCAAAUUUGACUCCGGUGCAAUCAAACAGAGUUUGCAAUGCACUUGCCCUUCUUCAGUGUGUGGCCUCUCAUCCAGACACAAGAAUGUUGUUCCUCAAUGCUCACAUUCCUUUGUAUCUGUACCCUUUUCUCAAUACAACUAGCAAAUCAAGGCCUUUUGAGUACCUGAGGCUUACUAGUCUGGGCGUCAUUGGUGCCCUGGUGAAGGUUGAUGAUACAGAAGUUAUUAGCUUCCUUCUCUCAACAGAAAUAAUUCCCCUCUGCCUGCGAACAAUGGAGAUGGGCAGUGAAUUAUCAAAAACAGUUGCCACAUUUAUUGUUCAAAAAAUUCUGUUGGAUGAUGUUGGCUUGGAUUACAUAUGUACUACUGCAGAGCGAUUUUUUGCAGUAGGUCGAGUUUUGGGGAAUAUGGUAGCUUCACUGGCGGAACAACCUUCAUCACGGCUACUUAAACAUAUUAUUCGCUGUUACCUUCGGUUAUCAGAUAAUCCUAGGGCUUGUGAUGCAUUAAGAAGUUGCCUUCCAGACAUGCUAAGAGAUGCCACCUUCAAUAGUUGCCUCCGUGAGGAUCCAACGACAAGGAGGUGGCUGCAGCAAUUGCUUCACAACGUUCAAGGGCCUCGGGUUGCACUGCAGGCAGGGGGAGGAUUUGAUCAUAUGCUUGGGAACUGAACUGAUCUGUGUUUGUUGGAAUUUAGUUGCCAUUGCUAGUGUUAAUUAUAUGAUGAUACCAACGUAAAUUUUUAUUUAUUUAUUUGUUCUUUAGUCUUUUGUUAAAAAAAAAAAAAGAAGCUGUCUUGAACCUGCAAAUUUUAGGUGUUUUAAUUCAAGGAAUUGGUGUGGGGAAUUGAAUGUGGACUCCAAAACCUACAUUUAGCAAUCGGAAAUUCUGGGUUUAAGAAAAUUACAAUAGUAGAAGUUUUAAAAGAGUAGCUCAAGUGUAAUAUGGAUGAGCUGUAAAUUCAGAUGUCUUGAGUUUAAAUAUUGACAAUCUUUUGAGUGAA